CGCGACGCGCGGAGUGCCGCAGCGCGCGUUUCCCGCGCUCGACAGACCCUCCCGUCGCGCGUUCACCCCGCGCGAGGAUCCGGGCGACGGUCGCGCGCGCGUCCCGACGCCGAUCGCCGCCGAGGGUUUCUCGCGCGAUCUUCUCGGUCUGAGAGUUCGAUUCUCUCUCUCGCGCCGGGGGCGUCGCUUCGAGGUCGAUCCGUGGGGUUUGACGCCUCGUGACCGAGAAACGCGGGGCGAGGAAUUCAAACCCCGCGCGCGGGCGUCAUGGUGUUGACCGUCGUCCGCGCGUCGCUGAACCACGACACGCCAAUCUCCGGCGUGGAGCUGACGCCUUACGUCGUGACGCGCAAGUCGGACGGCUCCUCCACGACCGCGGACAUCCCCGAGAGCGAACCCUCCGACGGAUGCCAUCUCCAGUACCGGUGGUACCGCUCCGGAUCGCACAAAAAGGCGAGCGUCUGCAGCGUCCACCCGGGCGAGCCCGCGGUGCUCCAGAACGUGCACAGCAAGUCGUACCACUGCGGCGAGGAGUGCUUCGCGCAGUCGUGGCGGGAGUGGAUGCGGGACAAGCUCGCGAGGCAGGCUGCGGGGUUAGGGGAGACCGCGCCCGAGCGCACGCCGCUGUGGCGUCCGCCGUCGAUGAAGGAGAACAACGCGGGGGGGAGCUCGUCGAACCUCCUCUCCGCCGCGGGCGGGUCCAUGGACUUCAACGCGCACCACAAGCAGGAGCGAGCGAACGCCUACAACGGCGAUCGCAACAAAGGGCCGGGGAAGGACGAGCCGGAGACGUGGCAAGAGGUGGGCCGAAGCAAAACGUACGCGGCGACGCUGGAGGACGUCGGGCACCUCUUGAGAUUCGAAGUCGUCGGCGCGGAGAACACGACGGGGGAGCCCAAGGGCGGCACGGAGGGGUUCACGACCGCGCGCGUCAUCCCGGCGCCGAUGCCGCCGAGGAGGAACCUCGUCCCGGUCGCGCACCACGACAACCCGGACGGCGGGAAGUUCACGGUGUUGACGUACAACGUCCUCGCGGAUCUGUACGCGACGAGCGAGCUGUAUCACUACACCCCGUCGUGGGCGCUGUCGUGGAACUACCGCCGGCAGAACAUCCUCAAGGAGAUCGUCAUGCACGACGCGGAUAUUCUGUGUUUACAGGAAGUCCAGUCCGAUCACUUCGAGGAUUUCUUCCAAGGCGAGCUCGGGAAGCACGGGUACACUUCCGUGUACAAGAAGAAAACCACGCAGGUGUUUUCGCAAGGGACGUACGUCAUCGACGGGUGCGCGAUCUUCUUCAAGAAGGAUCGGUUUCAGCUGAUUAAAAAGUACGAGGUCGAGUUCAACAAAGCCGCGCUGUCGCUGGUCGAGAGCUUAGGAGGGUCGUCGCAGAAGAAGGACGCGCUGAACCGGUUGAUGAAGGACAACGUCGCGCUCAUCGUCGUCUUGGAGGCGCUCGAGGCGAACGGGCAGCAGGCGCCCGCGGGGAAACGGCAGCUCCUGUGCGUCGCGAACACGCACAUCCACGCCAACACGGAGCUGAACGACGUGAAGCUGUGGCAGGUGCACACGCUGCUGAAGGGGUUGGAGAAGAUCGCCGCGAGCGCGGAGAUACCCAUGGUGGUCUGCGGCGAUUUCAACUCCACGCCGGGGUCCGCCGCGCACAACUUACUCACGGGCGGGCGGGUCGACGCCGCGCACCCGGAGCUCGCGACGGAUCCGUUUGGGAUUCUGCGACCGCCGUCGAAGCUUCAGCACCCCUUACCGCUCGUGAGCGCGUACACCGCGCUGACAAAGCAGCCGUGCCUGGAGAGCGAGGCGGCGGAGCGGCAGCGAUCGCGCGUGGACGGCGCGGGGACGGGGGAGCCGAUUUUCACGAACUGCACGCGCGAGUUUUUCGGGGCGCUGGAUUACAUCUUCUACACCGACGACACGCUCGCGCCGCUCGGGCUGUUGGAGCUUCCCGCGGAGAGCGACGUCCGGUCGAAGUACGGCGGGCUGCCGAACACGCAGUCGUCGAGCGAUCAUAUCCCGCUCAUGGCCGAGUUCCAGUGGGGGGCGCGGCAGUGGUGAGUCGCGUCGACGACGCGAGACGAUUGCGCGUACGCGGCGGCGCGGUCGACGGUUCGCGUCGUCGUCGUCGUCGGCGCGCGCUGAUCGGCCGGAGCGCGCGCGCGUCCGGCCGCCCGCUUCGCUAGAACGUGCGACGCGUGUGUAUGUUCAACGAAGCUCAUUUUUCG